AGAAAUAAUGUCUUCCUUCGCGAAAGCCCAGAAGAAUAUGGGAAGAGGUUCUUAUCGAGAACGAUCGCAACCCGAUGCCAGAAAGCAUUUAGGCCGUUUGCAAAAGAAGGUCGAUUACAAGAAGCGAUCUGCUGAUUACCAUAGUAAGUCCGACAAGUUAAAACGAUUGCAACAGCAUGCUGCGAAUAAAAAUCCGGAUGAGUUUUAUCAUAAAAUGAUUAGCACUAAAUUGAAAAACGGAGUGCACAUAAAACAUAUAUCUGAAGACGCCAGUACCCCUGAACAAGAUUUAAUUGAAAAGUCUCAGAGUCAUAAUUAUGUUGUUGGUAAACUGACAACGGAGUCUAGAAAAAUUGACAGAUUGAAAAAUCAGUUGCAUUUUCUGAAUGAGGAUCCAGAAGAAAUUGCUAGUCACAGCAAGCAUAUAGUUUUUGUGGAUGACGAAGAACAGCUCAGUAAUUUUGAUGCGGCUUCUUAUUUCAACACAGCUGAGGAGCUUGUCGGACGGAAAUACAAUAGACCUAAAUUGACACAAUUGAAAAAGUUUGAGUUUGAGAAACCGAGAAACUCAAACGUUUCCGAGAAAAUGAAAAAAUACCAAGAGUUACAGGGACGAUUAGCCAGACGUCAAAAGUUGGCUGUCAUGGAAUCUAAGAUGCAACAGAAGAAGAAUCUAUGCGAUAGAUACAAUAAGCCCAUAGCAAAGUUGGCACCUGAAACCGAGAACACUGCUGCAGUGUACAAAUGGAGCUAUAAAAGACGGAAGUGACCCCUUGAUUGUUUUUUUUUCAGUAUUUUGAUCAUAAUAUGCCAUUUGUUUGUUAAUUCAUUCUUUUUCAAACU